UGUUCACAUCGAAAGACGUGCUGUUAUCGUUACUCAUUCACUAGUGCUAGUCUGUUGACAUGUCGCAAAGUCAGGACGAAAUUCGUCCGAGGGCUGUCUACAGCAUCGACCAGAUAUUGGGAGUAAAUAGCUCGUCAUCGACAUCGACGAAGAGUGCUGAAGGAGAGUCGGACUCUAAAGUGGAUUCUGUCAGCGAUGGCGAAAUCGUUGAGGAAUCCAUUGAAGAUAUGAGCGACUCUAGGCCACGGAAGAUUCGAAGAUCGCGGACGACGUUCACCACCUAUCAACUGCAUCAGCUCGAAAGAGCUUUUGAGAAGACCCAGUACCCGGAUGUCUUCACGAGAGAAGAACUAGCGAUGAGAUUAGAUCUCAGUGAAGCAAGGGUUCAAGUGUGGUUUCAAAAUCGACGUGCCAAAUGGAGGAAACGCGAAAAAGCAUUGGGAAGGGAAGCCGUGCCAUUUAUGCAUCCUGGUGAACAAGCUGGCUUACCAGAAUUUUCUUUCCAAAACCAUUUAACGAUGCCUCCUGUUGGUCCCACUGAUCCAUUUUGGCACGGUUUACCAUUUCCUCCCAUGUUUAAUCCUACAAUGAUGCCUUGGGCACCAAAGGGACCAAUGAAUGCACCAUCAUUUCACGCGUUCCUCCAGCACUAUGUUCUUGCGGGGUCAGUACCACAGCUGAAUCUGCUUAAUACCAGUAAUCCCGUACCGAAUGAAAGAUCAAGAAGUUCUAGUCCAGAGACUCCAAGUCCAUCCCGAUUAUCUCCGUCUACGUUGGAAGCUUUGAGAUUACGAACACAAGAAAUUUUGAUGCCAUCGUCGUCUCCUCAAAAGUUGCAUGCAAAAUCAUAAAAUUUUAUCCUAAUUUAAAAUUUUAUUGUUGGGCUGCUGCUUAUACAAAAAAUUGACGAAAUGUAAAAAGAAAAAAGUAUAAUUAUAUAUAUUAUAUAUAAUAUGCAAUGCCAUAUUUAUAUACUAAUAUAUAUUAAUUAU